AUGAACACCAGUAUCAACACUGGAGCUCAAGCUCCCGCAUCGCCCGCUGAGAGCACCAAGGCUCAGCAUCCGGUCAUGUCGGAGCCUCUACGACCACGCUGGUGCGUCCAGCGCGACGACAACACCGUUGUACCAUUGAUCGCGAUAGACGAGCUGCCCGAUUCAUUUAUCCUCAAAGGUGUCCCUAUCACGUUGACAGUGCUCGAAGCCUUAAAAGCUCGCAUGGAGCUUAUCACCGGAGACCACCCAGCGCACGGUCUCCGCUACCAGCUUUACCAACCCAUCAACACUCAGACCGCCGCACAUGAGGAAGGUGACGAUUAUGGAUCCGAUGAUUCACCCGCCUCAGAAGGAUCUGAGAGCUCUACUCAGAAAGGCUCUGCCGCAUCGGACAAGAAAGGGAACAACAAUGCUGCUGGUAGUGGGAGUGAAGCAUCUAAGUCCAAGGACAAGGGCCUGAGGACACCAGCGCUCACCACCAAUGACACUAGUAUCUUUGACACCAUGGCAAAGAAGGGAACCAUGGGAAAGAAGGUCUACUGCACCUAUUGGAUCCAAACCGGCAACUGUAACUAUAUGCAGGAAGGUUGCAAGUAUAAGCACGAGAUCCCAAAAGACGAAGAUACUCGUCGCGCGAUUGGCUUCCGAGAAUUCCCGAACUGGCCUAGAGAAGAACUGCCUAUCCAAGCUAAGCCUGCCCCAGCUCUUCAUAAGCCUUGGCGACGUCAGGACGGGAAGUCUGAGCAUCCAGGUGUUCCAGGCGCUCUCCAUCGCGCCGUUGCUUCUCCAGUUGCUGCACACGGCACCCCAACCAUCGUGGCUCGCGGUAAUGGCCAGGUGUCAGCUGGCGCUUCGACUCCAGGUCCUGCUGCCAAUACGCAGUACAAUCCCAACGUUACUGCGUUCAUGGCUCCCCACCAGCAUUUCCCGACUCAUGCAAACCACGUGGCUCAGCAGCGUCCAUUCUCUCAAGGUGGUCAAUCCUUCCUUGGCAACGGUUCUGCUGAGAAUUACCAACAGCGUUCAGCUCAGCACAACGCUUCACCACCUUCAUAUAACCAAUCUGCGCCCCAAGCCAUAAACGGUGGUCACUCUGGCAGCUCUUCGCCACCAAAGCAGCCACCCAUCAGCCGUCCAACCAGCCUGGGACAAUCCUCGGUCGGUCAACACCAGAACCACACGGGCGCAUCUACACGAAAGGUAGCUCCGGACUACCACAUCAUGAAUAGAGCUAGCGGAAUUUCUGGUGGCGGCGCACCUGCUUCAAGCGGCAACCAGGCUCCAAACAACGCCCGUCAGGGGUAUAGCGGUAUGCCCAACAACUGGAACCCGCAGACCAACGCACCAGCUUCGAUGGACAUCAGCUUCAUCGCUCCUUCAUCAGCGUCAACCCGCUCCGGCAGCCAAGCCGUCUAUACUCCCACCUAUACUCCCAGCAGCGCCUCCGCCCCACCUAACCCCAACAUGGGCAACAACGCCUUCGGAAGCUUGACCGGCACCGCCGCGUCCGACUCUCGCGCCAGCACUCCGGCCCACUACAUCGGCAACGUCCCCGUCAAGGGCAGAGGCCCCGUCCAAUUCGGUCGCGACUCCCCGGCCCCCAGCACCGGCGGCGCGCGGGACCCCCCCUUCCCGGCCCCCGCGCACGCGGAGGAGUCCGAUGCCACAUCCGUCACGUCGCCCCCCGUCCAGCACCGCGUCUUCUUCCGCAAGCCCGGUCAGCCCGAGUUCGUCACCAACCCGCCCGAGCCCAAGGGCGGCAGAGCGCCGCACGGGCUGAGGAAGCAUGCCCGGAAGGUGCAUGCGGCGACUGGGGGCAAGAGCGCGAAGGGGAAGAUGAGCGGGAAUGGGUACGAUGUGCUCGUCGAUGUGAACGAUCAGCAGUGA